AUGAAUCGGAAUUAUCCGAAAGCGAUGAACGACACUCCGAAAUGGACGUCCAUCAAAAACACUAAUUUAUUAAAAAAACCAAAUUAUACUACUCGGUCUGGAAAAAUGGUAGAAGUGAUAUACGGCCGUAACCAAUGCAGAUUUUUUGAUAAAAAAAUUACUUUGGCGUGCACGUACUUUGUGGCCAAUAAAAAGCAUAAUAGACGUCCAAUUAGAAACAAAUCAUUAGUUGAAAAUAAUACCUCUAGUGAUAACUUCUAUUCGAAUAAACACAAAUUAUGUACCACAGCUAUUCGCGAUGAUGAACAAAUUAAUCAUAUUACGAGAUUGGACGAUAACUUAAAAAAUAUUAAUUCAGUUCUUGAGGAUCUAGGUUUUUUGUCUACUUUUGAUGAUGCGUAUACUCGUACAGUUUAUCCAUUAAAAAUAAAAUGUUUUAAUGUUAAUAAACAGUUUAAUACUGCAUAUGGUUCAAAUUCUUAUACUUCGACAACGCUACAAAAUUUAACUGGUAAUCCUGAUGCAUAUAAUCAAAAAGAAAGAUAUCAAAAUUCAAUACUUUAUCAAAAAUUCCCGGAAAAGCAUUAUUACAACAAAAAUUAUAUUCAUUAUCAAAAGUCAAUAACUCAAAACAACACUAACUUACAACAAUCAAUCUAUACGAAAAAACCGAAUUACUAUCAACAAAAACCAAUCCCUCAAAAAUAUUGGGAAAUGAGAUACAUGCUGUUUUCAAACUUCGAUCAAGGCAUUAUACUGGAUGAAGAGAGCUUUUAUUCGGUUUGCCCCGAUAUCUUAAGCUACCACAUUGCAAAGCGUUGUACAAAUAACAUAGUGGUAGAUCCCUUUUGUGGAGCAGGUGGUAAUGUCAUUCAAUUAGCCAAAACAUGUAAAAAAGUUAUAGCGAUUGACAUCGACCCGGAGAAGAUCAAGUUGGCACGGCAUAAUGCUAAGAUAUGCGGUGUUGAGGACAAAAUCCAGUUUAUGGUCGGCGACUUUUUUUCGAUUUAUCGGACCAUAAAAGCAGAUGUAUUGUUUAUGUCUCCACCGUGGGGAGGUCCCGGAUAUGCAAUCAAUAAAAUUUAUAGUUUGAAGUCGAUGUGUCAAAAUCAUUUUGGAGGAGGUUUCGAUAUUUUUAAACUUGCCAAAACUGUUGCACCAAAUAUCGCAUUCCACGUGCCGAAAAACACCGAUUUAUCAGAAUGUUUACGUUUGGCACAAGAUUUCGGAAAAGUUGAAAUUCAACAAAAUAUUAUUAAUGGUAAAUUGAACUCAAUCACGGCGUUUUACGGAAACUUUAAUUGGAGUUGA